UCCAAAAUGGUAUCAGUUAUGUUUGUGUUUGUGUCUCUAACAAUUGUUUCCAUUAAUUUAAAGAACUUUCAAGCCACAUCUAAUGUCAUUUUGGAUGAGCAAUCCAUUUUUGAUUACUACCAGAAAUGGAUGAUUCAGUUCUCUAGAGUUUACAAUGAUGACUUAGAGAAAGAUAUGAGGUUCAAAGUUUUCAAGAAAAACUUGAAAUUUAUCGAGAAAUUUAAUAAUAUGGGGAAUCACAGCUAUAAACUUGGUGUCAACGAAUUCACUGAUAUGACUAAAGAAGAAUUUCUUGCCACUUACACUGGUCUCCGGGGAAUUAAUGUAACUUCAUUACCCGAAGUAGUUGAUCAAACGAUGUCAUCAAGGAAAUUGAACUUUAGUGAGCUUUAUUUUAUCAAAGACUGGAGAAACGAAGGUGCUGUAACGCCCGUGAAAAAUCAAAGAUCAUGUGAGUGUUGUUGGGCGUUCUCAGCUGUAGCAGCGGUGGAGGGUUUAACAAAAAUUUCUGGCAAAUACCUCGUAUCGUUGUCGGAACAACAAUUUGUAGAUUGCUUUAAUGGUUGUAACACAGGAAAUAUUGAAGAUUCUCUUAAAUACAUUACAAAAAACGGUAUUUAUUCAGAUUCAGAAUACCCUUACCAAGGAAAACCAGGGAAGUGCCGUUCACCCGCCGGACCCGCCAUAAUGAUUAAAGGGUACGAAAGGGUCCCAAGCAACAACGAGAUUGCAUUGCUCGAUGCUGUAUUGAGACAGCCCGUCUCGGUGGCCAUUGAUUCAAGUACGGCCAGUUUCAUGCAUUAUAAAGAGGGAGUGUUUGAUGUGCCAGACUGUGGAAUCGAAACAGAUCAUGCAGUGGCGCUCGUUGGGUAUGGGGUAACGGAGGAUGGGAUCAAGUAUUGGUUGGCUAAAAACUCUUGGGGUAAGAAUUGGGGUGAGAAAGGUUACAUGAGGAUCCGUAGGAUGGUGGAGUGGCCUGAAGGAAUGUGUGGUGUGGCUCAGUUUGCUUUUUAUCCGGUAGUUUGA